CUGCGGGACUCGACUUCUUCGGUACCUUCCCUACACGACUGCCACACCUGCAACGGCCCCUCCGCAAGAUCAGGCGUCUUGAUCGCCGAGAUCGGCAAAGGGGCCAGCCAUGGCAAGCUCAGUGCCGGUGAUCAGAGGAAUGGAGGAAGAGCAGGAAGUUGCUCGCUUCCUUUUGGAACGCAGCAAACGGAGGCAAGAGGCACAAGCGGCAGGAUUCGAUAGGCCUUACAGUCGCAGAGACAGUGGCGACGACCAUCCAGAGAAGUCCUCUCUCCUCGGCGGCGCAAGGGAGCGGUACAGCGAGGGCUGGGACAGGCCAGGCUCACGUCGUCGUGGACCACCUGCCCGUAUUGUCCUACUGGGAGUAGCUGCACUCUGUCUGUCAUCCGCCUGGGUACUCUACACAGCCUUCCGGUAUGCUCUGUCAGAUCAUGCCCAUGAGAAUCGAUGGAGAUCUGAGACCAUUCGCCCUGCCCAGUUGAGAAGACCCAAUCGAGAUAGAUUAGCCAACGAUCCCAACAUGCCUCCUUUACGAGAUGAAGCUGCGGCGACAGGACCCAUGCCGGACAUCCGAAUCGAUCCGCCCACAGAUCCGUUGCCCUUCACCUUUCCGCCCUUAAGUAUCAGAAGGAGAAUAGAGCCCGUGCUCGAGUACGAGCCCAUCGUCUCGAAUUCGGACGCGAUAGAAGCAUGGAUAUCAAAUGGUGUCGUCAGUCCCAGCAUCCGAUAUCCAAAUGAGCAUCCUACAAGGCGGUACGAUGUCGUCAUCUCAAGCGUCAAUGGCUCAGAUUGGGAGCAUCGGCGACAAAUGUUGCUCUACAAAAACACCAAGGCACCCAUCGGCAAGGUCUUCGAAAGCUGGCCGCGGCUUGAAAAAGGCAAGGCGCUUACAAAGAAAUACACACGCCUUUCCAAGCGUACCGAUGGGGAUGCUGGAGAGAACCGCUUCCGGGAAAUCGACGAGCUUCGCUAUUCGGCCCGAUCGGCAUAUCACAGCCUACAGGAUCUUUCGAAGAUACAUCUCCUCAUUCCUUCCUUCUUUCCUCCUGCUCCCUUUGAUCAGCCGGGAUCAGCAGGGGACAAGGCGGACUCAGCGCCUGACGGAUGGGAAGCACUGCAAAUCCAGCGCAGUACCUUCGCUACCGAGAGCGGGCGCCAACAGUGGGGACAGCUUCCACAGUGGCUGCUGACGAAUCACACUAACGUGCUCACAGGUAGCCAAGCACGCCUCGAAAGCUCGGCCAGAGCCGGAAACGGGAAUCAGACCAGUGUUCAGCUCCGGGUACACCAUGACUGGAAUCUUUUCGAGCCGAACUGGCUAGUCAAUGCAACCCUUGCCGACACAAGCCGCAAUGCUCUUGCCGAUUGGAAGGAGCAGGUGCUGCCGACAUUCAAUUCGAUAGCUGUCGAAAGCAUGCUUGGCUCUGAAGGCAUGGCUGGACUGGGGGAUACCUUUAUCCAUGCCAACGAUGAUAUGUUCUUUGGGCCUGGCCUUACAAGCACGUCCUUCUCCAGCCCUCUAUUUGGUCCCAUAAUUCGCCUCGACCCCAACCUGCCGGUCUACGGAGCGCAGGUCUCUGGCCCAAGAUCGACAGGUGAAUGGCCAAGUCUAGAGCAUUCGGCGUGGCUCCUCGAUCAGCGCUUCGGGAAGAGGGCUCGUCCUUACGUGCUUCAUGUGCCGCGGGUAUACAAGACGUCGCUUCUGAGAGAGCUGCGUAUGACCUUUGCUCCGAGCUGGCGUCUGACGGGAGAAGCGAGGUUCCGCAACGAGGACCUGCAGAAUCGGCCUGAGCUCAGCACCCACUUCUUGGCGGCCCACUUCGUGGUAGAGCGCUAUCGAGAGGCGAUGCUGUGGUCCUUCUUCAUACUCAAGAUGGAUGAAAAUUCCGACGGAUAUCUGAGCGCUGAAGAGCUCAGCAACCAUCUGCUACGGCGACUCGGUAUCCAGACUAGUAUCAACAGUCUUGCCGACAUCCAAGCGCAGGCCCUGUCUCUCGAGGUCUGGAUACCCUUCCCAUAUCGAUCUGCUUUGGACGACAAUAAGCACGUUCAGAGUCUGCAGAGCCUGGGUCUGCUACCUCCGGGAAAGACCACAUUCGAAUUCACAGCAAGUGAAGGGGGCUAUCCUUAUAUGACCCUACACCCGUUUGUUCACGAAAGGCCGCCACCACGUCCCAAGUACGCCGGCAUGGGCUCGAAGCUGGGCCAGGAAGCCAGAGAGCCCUGGCCCCGAUAUCAUCCUAGGGAGGGGAAGAACCGCAAAAGCGACGGCCGUUUUGACAGAGGAAGGAUGGCUACGAAGGUGUCCAUCGCCGGCUGUAUGUCAGGGGUCGCCAUCGACGAACAAGGCCGCAUGAAGACAGAAGAUGUUUUCAAGGCAUGGACUUUCGGACAGGGCGAGAAAUGUGGCGAUGCCAUCAUUGUCCAUCUCCUGAGCGCAAGUGGCGCAGCUGGUAUGGCUGCUGCGCUACCACCGGCCGACAAGAUGUUUCCUGGCGUCGCUAGCAACGCAACACACCCGCAGGAGCCUCAUCUGCCUCUGACUCCUCAUUGGGAUAGAAAGGCAGUCCCCAACGAAAGUUCUUUAUGGACGGGCGAAGAAGCGCAGGAGAGAGUACUUACCGAUGACGUACCGGACUUCUCCCUUGCUUCAAUUUCUGCUCGUCAGUCCUGGUCAGGGCUCUCACAAAGAGCAUACGCGCAGCGGCUUCUGAUGCGCUAUCAAUACACUCUCGCUGCCUCGCCAACAGAGUUCUACAAGCUAUCCACAGACUUCUCUACGAAGCAAUUCUUCGAUUCGUUCAACAUGGACAACGUCGGCUUUCUCUGUCUCAACGACGAUUAUAGAAACGAUCACGUAGGUCGGAUGAGGUAUCAGUUUCAGAAGUGGGCAAAAGUAGCUUUCCCGUCAAGAUCACCGUUUGAAAAUGACGUGACCGAUAAGGAUGAGGAAGGACCAAGACUUAUGCACCUGCAGAAACAGACGGUAGCUCAGGAAAAUCUACGUCAGGCUGAAGAAGCGGAGAGAAAGGCAGCCAAGAAAGAAUUGCAGCGGGUGGAAGAAGGAAAGCGGCCAAGGCCCGCGUACAUUGGCAAAGGGUGAAAGAUCCGAUGUCUAAAGAUAUACUGUACCCAUACGCUUGUAACAUUCAAAACAACCAGCAUUGCAAUGUAUAUAGUUUCACGAAAUCCCAUCGCAUCCCGUCUCUUGUACGACUGCCUUGGUGGUCGGCAAGCCGGAGGAAAGGGGCGCGUGGCAGGGUGAG